GCGAGAAAAGCCUCCCGCAAGCUGUCUGCGGAACAACGCAAGGAGGCUGAAGAUGGACUCUCCAGCGCAAUUCAACGUCUACUGGUGGACGAAACUGAGAAGAUCAAUGCCAUCGCUCUCGAACACGGCAUCACUCAAGAGAAGGUAAAAAAACUUAUGGGAGGUGAAAAGCAUUAUAAAGGGAAUCACAACGUGCAACUUGCCAAUGCGCUUAUCCACGCGAAAGCGCAAGAAGUCAAUGCCGAUCUACCUCGCGGUGCAAAACUUUCACUUGGAGAGAUUCGAAACCUGGUGAAGGCAGAUGACAGUAUGCGCAAUCUGACCGCCGAGGAAGAGCAGGAGUAUAUCAAUCAACUUAACGAGCAUCGCGCUCUUCAAAACAUGAGUGUUCGCGCUACAAAUACUGCAGCGGCACGUGAUGUUCACCUACAAUCCCGCGUCUCCACCUUGCUAAUGAAUGUUCAGUUGGAUAGUCUUGCAGUUCGAACCGGAAUAUAUGCAUGUCUCUUCGCCUCGCAUGGACAUGUAUAUGACACUACUCAGGCAACGUGGUUUGGGACUGACAAUAUCAUGGAUUUUUGGGAAGAUGUUCUUCAGAUGGAGGCCGACGAAAUCACACGGAAACUGGAGCAAUGGGCGUGCAUGGCGACGGUGCAGAUUAUGCAAUGUGUCUGCACUCGCCUGCUUAAUUCAGGCCUAAGGACUACAGUUAAGAGACGCGACAUACGAAUCAACUACGCAAACUUCAGUACCGCAAUCAAGGAAAAACUCGGGAUUGAUCUGAGGGGUUGGCCUGAUGGUAUUCCCUUCCAAUCCCCCACCAGUAUCAACAACCACACCGCCCUCCUGAAGCUCCGUAAUGCAUUGAAGGAUGGCUCCUGCCAUUGGUUCCGCAUGUCCCCUCAGCAACGAGAGGAACAUAGCACUCUACUCGCUGCAUGCCGCAAGAGAGGAGAGACUGUCAGGAAGCCUCGGAAGAAGCGUGCUGAUGCCGGAGUACCCCGUAAGCGCAAGGGAAAGGAGAACGGGCGCCAGACUAAGCAUGUACAAGGGUCUGGGUCAUCUGCUCAGGCCCCGAAGAGCGCAGAGUUGGUGUACUCUUCUGAUGAGGACACCAGCGAGGACGAAGCUUAG